CUGACACGCCGCACAGGUAUUUAAUUCUCAGGACUAGACGGAAGACAAAAAUAACAGAGAGGCCAUGUUGGAUUUCAGUAAACUGCUCGUGUGACCCCGGCAUCAGAGUAAUGGUCAACUUUGUCAUAUAAACCUAUGCAAGGCCUGUGUUGGGGAGCAUCUCUAGGAUCCGUGUAAAACACACAAAGUCGUGCCCUGUUUACUCGAAGUCUACUCUGAACUACCCGAAAACUCCCAUAAUCGCUUUGAAAAUUACUGUGAGAAAAGAACAUGGCGACACAAUGAAGUCAGCAGAAGCUGUAUCGUCUCCUCCAGUCAAACCACUGCUUGACGACCCGCGCCUCACCGCCACCAUAAACACUGGGUAUAGAUAUCUAUAUAGUGUUGGCUGUCUCAGUGAAGAAGUCUGGACAUGUGGGAAUAACAAAAUCAUGAAGGUACACAACCUCCAGAGUAAACUACUGACAUCAAUACAAACCAAGUCAGGGAACUGGUUACAGGACAUUGCAGUGACACUGGAGGGGGAUCUUGUUUAUACUGACUAUUAUGAUAAAACUAUAAACCUAGUAAAGAAUAAACAGAUACAGACCGUGAUCACACUACAUGGGUGGAAACCUCUCUUUGUCUGCAGUACCACCUCUGAUGAUCUCCUGGUUACCAUGGACAGUGAUGAUUACGAAAAAUGCAAAGUCGUGCGUUACUCCGGCUCCACAGAGAAACAAAGCAUUCAGUUUGAUGAUCAGAGUCGUCCUCUCUAUUCAUCUGGGGAUCAUAUCAUUAACACUAAAUGCAUCAGUGAAAACAGGAACUUGGAUAUCUGUGUGGCUGACCGUGAGGGUUGUGCAGUAGUGGUGGUCAAUCAGUCAGGAAAACUCCGAUUUAGAUACACUGGUCAUCCAUCUAAUAGUAAGGAAUCAUUUGAACCAGUUGGUAUCGCUACAGACAACCAGAGUCACAUCCUGACAGCAGACAUUAACAAUGACUGUAUCCAUAUUUUGGAUCAGGACGGACAGUUCCUCCGUUACAUUCACUGUGAUUUACUCCGUCCAUUCGGUUUAUGUGUGGACAACGGAGACAACCUCUUUGUGGCUGAGUUAAACACUGCUAAAGUGAAGAAAAUCCAAUAUCUAUAAACACAGUGUUAAUUACAGACCUCAACACAGUGUUAAUUACACAUUUCAAAACAGCUUUAAUCACACAUCUCAACAUAGUGUUAAUUACACAUCUGAACAGCAUUAAUGCCAUUUCAAAUCAAAUCACCGUGUUCAUUACAUAUCUAAAUACUGAUAUCAACAGAGUGUGUUAAUAAUUACAGCUGUGUGUUAAUUACAGUUGCUUCUUAAAUACAGCCACGUGUUAGUUACAGCCCUGUGUAUUUUACAGCCCUGUGUUAAUUACAGCCCUGUGUUAAUUACAGUCUUGUGUGCAUUACAUCCCUGUAUACAUUACAUCCCUGUGUACAUUACAGCCAUGUGUACAUUACAGUCCUGUGUACAUUACUGCCAUGUGUUAAUUACAGCCAUGUGUUAAUUACAGUUCUGUGUACAUUACAGCCCGGUGUACAUUACAAUCCUGUGUA